CUGUCUGUGUUUCUCAGCUCACAUUAUUUGUUUCAGUCCGUAUCAGCCGGCGGUGGAGCCAGGCGGUGGCGGAGUUCGUGCCACACCGCCAACCACCAUUUUCUCCACUCACUUUUCUCCCUCUUAUAUCGAUUCUUUCCCGACAAUCCAUACUCCAUUUUAUAUAUAUUUAUAGCUUCCUACUCAAGGGAUAAGGCCAGGUGACAGAAAACCCUUGCUUAAUCGAUCCAACUAAGAAAACGACACUCCCAUUUCUUUUGUUUCUUCUGCAUUAUAUAUAUUUUCCCUAAUAUUUUUGCUUAAUUCUUGUGCAACCCUAUAUAUAUAUCUUGCCCUUUGCCUUUCCCAGAAGAAAAAACUUCAUUUUUUGCAAAAAAAAAAAAAAUUCUCUCCUCAUCCUCAGAUCAGCUCCUUAGCUUGGCUUUCUUCUGUUCCAUUUUCUCUUUUCUUGGGAUCUGAUCUUUCUCGAUCAUCAUGACUAGAAGACAAGAAAGAGAAAAGAAUUGAAGAGAUAAAGUUAAGGAACUGAUGAAACAUCAUCUCAUCUCGCAGGUUGUGUGUUCAAUUCCCGAGGAAAAAGAUAAAAUCCAUCCCAACAUUCCCUCAGUUGUUGCUUUUCUUUUUGUCUGCUUCAGUGCGCUUCAAAAGUUUGCAAAGGAAAAGAGAGAUUGAAUAAAGUUUCAGAUCUCUCUUCACAUAUCAAGGUGUGGUUGGUUAUUUUAUAGUUGAAGGAAGGAAGCAGAUGAAUUCUUUGUCACAUGUUCCACCUGGGUUCAGAUUUCACCCAACAGAUGAAGAGCUUGUUGAUUAUUACCUCCGCAAGAAAGUUGCAUUAAAAAGAAUUGAUCUUGAUGUCAUCAAAGAGAUUGAUCUAUACAACAUCGAGCCCUGGGAUCUCCAAGAGCUUUGCAAGAUAGGGUGCGAGGAGCAAAGUGACUGGUAUUUCUUCAGUCACAAAGACAAGAAGUAUCCAACGGGGACUCGGACGAAUAGAGCUACAAAAGCAGGGUUCUGGAAAGCCACGGGAAGGGACAAAGCCAUUUACUCAAAGCAUUGCCUCAUAGGGAUGAGAAAGACAUUGGUGUUUUACAAAGGUCGAGCCCCUAACGGACUCAAAUCUGACUGGAUAAUGCACGAGUAUAGACUCGAAACCAACGAAAAUGGAGCUCCCCAGGAAGAAGGGUGGGUGGUAUGCAGGGCAUUCAAGAAGAGAAUGCCAACAAUGGCAAGGAAAGAAGGAGCAGAUCAUGAAUCUCCUCUAUGCAGCAAUGGCUGGUACGAUGAUCAAAUCUCAUCAUUCAUCCCAUCAGAUUUCGAAUCCCCAAGGAGAAUCUCUACUCAUCAUCACCACCAUCCUAAUUACAACAACAUUAAUCCUCCACCCUACAACAUGAACCCCCAUUUCCUCAAUUCCUGCAAACAAGAGCUUCAUCAUCAUCAGUUGCACUACAACAUCAUCGUACCCCACGAACAUGAACACCACCAACCCUUCAUCCACCAAUCAUCAUCACUCCCUCAAUUAGAAUCCCCAAAGCUCCCACACUCCACCACUCAAUUCCACAUGAUCAACUCAUCAUCAUCUUCACCUUCAUUGCUCUACUGCAACGAUCAAUCUGUGGCUGAUGAUCAUGAUCACCUCACCACCGAUUGGCGCGUUCUCGACAAAUUUGUUGCAUCUCAGUUGAUGAGCCAUGAAGAAGAUAAUAAUGGUGAUGGAAAGGAGACUUCUCUUCGCGCGUCCAGUUCGUUCCAACCUUGAAUUCAAGUGAUCGAUAAUAUUCGUUGAUGAUAUAUCUAUAUAUAUGAUGAUGAUACAAGAAAGAAAUUAAAGAACUAAGAUUUGCCUCAUUUUCUGUACAUAAUAAUGUUAAAGAUGCAUGGAAAGUAUUGCAUUUAGCUCUUGA